AUGUGCUGCCUUAUGCACCAGCUGGCACCUACAUGCACCAGCUGGCACCUGCAUGCACCAGCUGGCACCUGCAUGCACCAGCUGGCACCUGCAUGCACCAGCUGGCACCUGCAUGCAUCAGCUGGCACCUGUAUGCACCUGCAUGCACCAGCUGGCACCUGCAUGCACCAGCUGGCACCUGUAUGCACCAGCUGGCACCUGCAUGCACCAGCUGGCACCUGCAUGCACCAGCUGACACCUGCAUGCACCAGCUGGCACCUGCAUGCACCAGCUGGCACCUGCAUGCACCAGCUGGCACCUGUAUGCACCAGCUGGCACCUGUAUGCACCAGCUGGCACCUACAUGCACCAGCUGGCACCUGUAUGCACCAGCUGGCACCUGCAUUCACCAGCUGGCACCUGUAUGCACCAGCUGGCACCUGUAUGCACCAGCUGGCACCUGUAUGCACCAGCUGGCACCUGCAUGCACCAGCUGGCACCUGCAUGCACCAGCUGGCACCUGCAUGCAACAGCCAACCAUCUUUAA